GAAGUUCUCCUCUCCAAAAAAUUGACUUUUUGGAAGUGUUCGCAAUUUAUUGUCGUCAUUUGUUUUUUCUCAGCGAAAAGUAAUUAGUUUUGUACAAUACUUGUUUAAAAAAAUGGGCAAGCGUCGAAAGCAAACUUUAAUCGAUUCUGAGGACGAUUCUAGUGAUAAUGAGUCUAAUCUCGAGUCGGAAUUACUGUCUUUAGCUAAGAAAAAGCCCAAAACAAAUAUGGUUCAAAAUAAUGCAACUGCUUUGUCCGAAUCUGAUUCAGACUCGGAUUGGGCGCAGGGUGCAAGCACUUCUACUGCUGGAAAGAAGAAACGAAUAAAAAAAGUUAACAAAGAAUCUGACUCCUCUGAUCUAGAAGAAAAUAAUAACCGAAAUGAAAACAAUACAAUAGAAACUGAACCUACAAAUAGAGAGGAAGGAGAAGUUUCGGACAGUGAUGAUAGAGAUGAUGGCAAUUCAACCGAUUCAGGUUCAUCCGGAGAAAGUACAGAUAGUAGUUCUGAUUCUGAAUUUGAUGACGGUUAUGAUGAAAAUCUCAUGGGAGAUGAGGAAGAUCGCAAACGUCUCAAUGGUUUGUCUGAAAAAGAGCGUGAAACUGAGAUUUUUAAACGAAUUGAACAAAGAGAUUUGUUAAAAACGCGCUGGGAAAUUGAACGAAAAUUAAAACUUGCACGACGUGGGGAUAAGACCACAAAAAUAAGUGGAAAAAAAGAUAAAAAGAAGAAAGUGCUGAAAAAAUCUAAACAGAAGCAGAAGGAAGAGCCAAUUGAACCGAAAAAGGUUGACAUAGUUGCUGAAAAAGAGCCAGACGGAGAAAAGGAAUCACCAAAUGUGGUUCAAGAUGAUGGGGAGCAAACAUCAUUAGCUGGGGAAACCUUGGUUGACCGAAAGUCUUCUAUAGAUGAUCAGAAUGCUGUGGACAAUUUAGAUCAUAAAGAGCGUUCCAAAGAGCGUAAGAAAAAUGUUGAAAUGAAUCGGACUGACGAUAAGCGUAGUACUGCUAUGGCAAUGCUAAAAGCGAAGCGUGAAGGCAAAGCUAAACGAGAGGAAGAAGAGGCUAAGCGUCAGGCGGAACGCGACCGAGAGGAUGAGAAAGAAGAGCUGGAAGGUGUUUCUGGAGGAAAAUCAUCCGUAAAACUUAAAGCUUCUGAAAUAUACUCGGAUGAUUCAGGCAGUAGUGAUUCUGAUGACGAGAAGCCAUCAGAGAAGCGUUCACGCUCAGCGAGUAGCAGUAAAUCUUCUAGCGAAUCUGAAGACGAAGAUGAUACAAUAAGAUCACCAGUAUAUAUUAGCACUCGAGAAGAACUAAACAAAUUACGGUUAUCAAGGUUCAAAAUGGAACGGUUUAUUAAUCUCCCCAUGUUCGAGCGCACAGUUAUGAACUGUUUUGUGCGCAUCAGUAUUGGCAACAACGGUCAAAAACCAGUUUAUAGGGUAGCUGAAAUAGUUGGAGUAGUAGAAACUGCAAAAAUUUACAGCCUGGGAAAAACUCGAACAAAUCGUGGUUUGAGGCUUAAACACGGUACACAGGAACGUGUGUUUCGUUUAGAGUUUAUUUCAAAUCAAGAGUUCACAGAAAGUGAAUAUACUAAAUGGCGCGAUAUAUGUACACAACAAAACGUGACGAUGCCAACAGUAGACAUGAUAGAGCGGAAGCAACAAGAUAUUAAGGAAGCACUUAAUUACGAGUUCAAGGAUGAAGACGUUGACAAAAUAAUUGAGGAAAAAAAUCGGUUUCGAAAUAGACCGACUAAUUAUGCAAUGAGAAAGACAUGUCUGAUGAAAGAGAGAGAUGCAGCAAUGUUGCGUGGUGACUACGAUGUAGCACAAGAUCUAGGCCAGCAAAUUGACGAACUUGAAAGUCGUGCUUCAGAACUUGAUAAAAAGCGGUCUAGCAGCAUUAGUUUAAUCUCUUAUAUAAAUGAUCGCAAUAGAAAACGAAACGUAGAGGAUGCUGAAAAGGCAAUUUUGGAAGAAGCUCGUGCUAAUAGAGGUUUAAAAAUUUCGGAUCCAUUCACACGGCGUAUUACACAACCGCGCAUGGGCUUCAAAUCUGCUGAUAAAAAAGAAGAACUUUCCGUUCACCAGUCACCAGCUCCUCCAGCGGUAAAACGAAAAGUAGAGGAAAGUGCUACUACUUCAAAACCAACCGAACCCAAAGCUGACUACAGCCUAUAUGCUCUGCAUGAUUUUGAUAUCGACUUGGACGUAUCACUUUUGAAUGCGGUACCGACCACACGAUAAUAUAAAAUUUUGGGCGAUUAAUAGAUGUAAAAAAAUAUACAUCUUCUUAAAUAAUAAAAUUCAAUUCCCAAAAUUUGUUGAUUUAAGCGACUAAAAAUUUUAGCUUGUCUGAGAUGGACAGGACUGGUAUUAGCAAUUUUGCUCCAUGUCUCGUACUAUUACAGACAUUUUGUUAUGAUUUAAAUCUUUUGUGGAAUACUGCUUAAGCAAAUUGGCUGACGGAUAUACUCGUAAAAUCGUGUCAUGCCCUAUGUUUUGCUAUGUUAUUUCAUUUGUUUGUUUCAUUUGUUUCAAGAAUGAUAGAAUACAAGAUAAAUGGACCUCACAUAGUUAUGCGCUUUUAACUCACACCGAUGAUAUCAACUCAAGUAGGAUAUUUUGUGUUGUUGCUUCCCACGUAAUUCGCUCAGUUUUCUGGUGUUCUUUUACAGAUCGGAUGCUUAUAAAGUUCUCUGGUGUUUGUUUGAUGAUUUCUACUUACUUUUCCUCUUCUUUUUGUUUGUUUAUCCGCAGCACUGACGUUACGGCAAAUUGGGAAGGCGCAAACUUGUAUUUUAUUAUUUUUGUGUAAAAUGCGCCUCAUUCAAAUAAAUAAAUAAAACAGUAGGAUAUUUCCAGGAAUA